UCAAGUCGAGCGCUCAAAAGGCGGUUAUAAGCAGUCACAGCAGGCCCUGGAUCGGGUUCGAACCGCCGACUGGUCGUGGGUUUGUUACACGGAAUGAAAUGAAACACGGAUUUGGUUAGCUGCGAGAGCUAGCACCGUUUAAGGCGUGUUAUAAUGCUGUAUAACUUCCUAACGCCUGGUCAGAAGUAUGUCUGCUGUAGUGCUGCAAGUUGGCCAGUGUGGGAAUCAGCUGGGCCUGGACUGGUGGAAGCUCAUUACACAAAAGUCAAAACAGCACAAGAAAAGAUGUCCUUUCAGUUCCAGGAAUGGUGAACUAGCAGCAGUGUGUGUUGACACUGAGCCCAAAGUCCUCAGAAAUGCUUACAAGUUUGUCAAAAAGAAAGUGAUCCAUCCAUCCAACAUUAUAGAGGGAAAAGGUGGACGUGGAGGAAACUGGGCCUAUGGUUACCAUGGAGGAAGAGGUGAGACUGAGAAUGCUUUACUCCAGCAAACAAUGGAGGCAGUGCGUCGAGAGGCAGAGAGACAAGAUUACUACGGUGGAACUGUGCUCCUGCACAGUCUGAGUGGAGGCACAGGGUCCGGUUUUGGUUCACGACUGUGUGAGGAUAUUCGUGAGGAGUUUCCUGUGGGUCAUAUCCUGACCGUGUCCGUGGUCCCUCAUCAAAGUGGAGAGAGCCCGCUCCAGCACUACAACACUUUAUUGAGUCUAGCAGCACUACACAGGUCAACCGACGGCAUACUUCUGUUUCAUAAUGACCAUGUAUUAAGUCAGGCUGGCUUUCAACAGAAAUCACAUGCAGGGUUUGGAGCUGUCUCCUGUGGUUUUCCACAAAGCACACUUUCAGCAAUGAAUGCACACAUAACCUCGUGCAUGGCCGGACUCUUGAUGCCACUGAGGUCUUUGACUACAGGCAGUGGCCAAGGUUUGGGAAUAGAACCAUGGGAGUUGGUGAGGUCUGUAUGUCCAGUUCCUACAGCCAAACUACUUUACACUGCCCAAGCUUCUGCAAGUGAAACAACACACUGGGACACGUUAGUCAGUGAAACACUUCGGAAUCUACCUCAGUUUUCGCCUGAUGGAAAACCUUAUUCUAGUCGUGCUGUGCUGGCAGUUGCACGUGGCAACCAGGACAACACUUUUAUCCUUUCAAAUGUCUUGCAGAAGUUGCAGCAAGGACAUAGAUGUGUCCCAUGGAAUCCUUUUCCUGUUGACCACUGGACUGAUCCCCGAAAUGAGGCUAAAGUGUCCUUGUCCACCCGUACACUCACUGUAUGUUCCAACCACAGCAGUGUCACGAGGUUAUUAGGCCAUGUAGUUCAACGCGCCACAGAGAUGUUAAGUGCACGAGCUUAUCUACACUGGUACGAGCGUUAUGGAAUAGGGAUGGAAGAAUUUCAGCAGGCAUUAAAUACAAUUUCCGGUUUAAUUGAGGAGUACGAGUCUCAGUGAUGCUUAGAACAGUCACUGAAUUAUGAUACGUUUAAAUGCAUAGAUGGUGUAUUUGGGUUUUAAAAAGUCUUCACAUGCUAGCAAGUUCAAGGCUUUGAAGGUAUCUUUAGCUGCAUCUGCUGGUGAAACGAUAUAAUCUGUGAUAUAUGGUUUAUACAUGGUCCGGUAUUAAUUGUUGAAACCAUAAAAAAAUAAAAAUUAAAAAAAUUAAAUUAAAUAAAGAAAAUAUAAAGGUU